AUGGGCGUCUUUACAAAGUUCCGCUUCUUCAAUCGAAGACUCGCACUGUCAUGCGUGCUCAUCGCCGUGUCGACGUUCAAUUAUGGCUUCGACAACCAAGCUUUUGCAACGACGCAGGCGAUGGACGCGUUUGAUAAGCAGUUUGGCGUUUGGAAUGAGAAGACAGGGACGUAUGUUCUUGAACCGUCGUGGCUUUCGCUGUUUAACAGUUUGAACUACAUUGGUUUUGCCGCUGGUGUUUUGAUUGGAACUUGGAUCUCUUCGCGGUGGGGUCGACGAUGGUGCAUGUUUAUCAUGAGCGUAUAUGCUCUUGGUACAGCGACUAUCGCUGUCACGUCCUUCCAUCGUGAGCAGAUCAUGGCAGCUCGAAUUCUCAACUAUGUCUAUGUCGGCAUGGAGCUUGGUGUUGUUCCAACCUUUCAGUCCGAGAUCGUGCCCGCCCAAGCUCGUGGCUUCAUGGUCGGAUCUUACCAACUCAGCCUCGCGGUUGGCGGUCUCGUCAUCAACAGUAUCUGCUUCGGGACAAGCUCCCUCCCGGACAACCGCGCCUGGCGAAUCCCUCUCGGCAUGUUCUAUAUCGUGCCUAGUAUUGUCGUAGCAGGUAUUUGGUUCGUUCCUGAGUCGCCGCGAUGGCUUCUGCGAAAGAAUAGAGUUGAAGAGGCGCGAAAGAGUCUCCAGCAGAUUCGUGAGGGCGCAUUUACAGAUGAAGAGAUAGAUGCCGAGUUCACGGAACUCAAGGUCUCUUUGGAGCAGGAGACUGAGCAGGGAAAGUUUGUUGAGCUUGUUAGAGGUAUUAACCUCAAGCGAACUCUUAUCGUUAUGGCUGUCAACUUCUACCAGCAGGCUGGUGGUCAGGCAUUUGUGUCACAGUAUGGUACUAUCUACGUCAAGUCGCUUGGAACGAUCAACCCGUUUGGCUUCAGUCUGAUCACCUCGGCCAUAAGCAUCAUUUCAAUUACCUGUAUCCUUCUUUGGACGGAUAUCGUUGGUAGACGUGUCCUCAUGAUGGCCUCGUCUGUCACCAUGUUUGCUGCCAUGAUGACGAUGGGCGGUCUUGGUAUCGCAUCUCCCGUCGAUGAUUCGAGAAAGAAGGGCGUGAUCAGUAUGAUGGCUGUGUUUGCUUCUGGCUUCGGAAUGGGUUGGGCACCUCUGGUCUACGUCGUCACCACUGAACUAUCAGCUCUUCGGCUUCGUGACCUCACAUCGCGAGUUGGUUUCACCACCAAUGUCAUCAUGAACUUCACUGUCAACUUCAGCAUCCCAUAUCUCAUCUACGACAAGUACGCCGGCUUGAACAGUAAAGUCGGCUUCAUCUUUGGAGGCAUCAUGGCCACUGCUCUUGUGUUUGUCUACUUCUGCGUCCCUGAGUGCAAGGGUAAGACCUUGGAGCAAGUCGACUUCUUGUUUAACCAGGGUGUUCCGAUCCGACAGUUUGGUAAAGUCGAUGCGGCGGAGAUGAUGCGCGCUGCACAAGAGCAAGAUGGCUUGGGCAAAAUGCACUCCGAUGGCAAGGAUGAUACCGUGACAGCUGAACAGCAAGUCUAA